CGGUCACUCAGCAAAACAAGAUGGCGUCCGUGGAAGACAAAGCCGGAGCGGGAACAUCCAAGUUGAGCAUCGAGGAAAGAUUGGAGACAGGAAUGGCAUUGAAAGAGAAAGGAAACGAGUAUUUUAAGAAACAGGAAUACAGAAAUGCAAUGAAAAGUUACCACAAAGCGUUGCUGUACGUGAAAGGUAUCAUUGAUCGACCAAAUCUGCCAGGUUUAGAAGCGUCGGAGGAAGACAUUUCUGACGAAGCGAAAAAUAACAUUCACAAAGUACAGUUCAGUUGUUACAACAAUUUAGCAGGUAAGAUAAGUAUUUUAUAGUUUGCAUAGACGACACUUUUUUUUCAUGGGUAAUUGAUGUAAAUUUUGUGAUUCGCCAAAACCAUUCUUCUGUUUCACAGCUGUUUUAAUGCAUAGUAAUAUUUUUAAAAUGUUUCCAGCUUGCUUAUUGAAAGAUGGUCGGUGGGAUAGAACGGAGCAUUAUUGCACCGAGGUAAGAUUUUAAUAGAAGGAAUAUUUAAAAUUCAUGGUAAUUUCCUCAGAAACUUUUGUAACAGUGAUCUAAACUAAAACAUACAUAUGAAAUUUAUACAUUCAUCAUUUCAAACCACAAGCUAAUAUCCGACUUCCCCCCCCCCCGGUUGAGGACCAGUGGAAUUCUUUAGGGGUAAGUUAAUUCUUUAGAGGUAAGUUAUCAACUUGGUUGGGUGGGGGGGGGGUAUGGAUUUGAAAUGCAAUAGCCCAUUGUUGUCAGGAUUGAAUUUUUUUAUCUGCUAGAACCUUCCCCCCAUUUAUAGUCUCCCAUCCCAUUACUUCUCCCCCGCCUCCCCUUCAUCAAAAGAUGCCAGGUUUUUGCAAAGGGUUUUCAGGUUUUUUAUUUUGACCCUUUGGAUUUUUGAUCUGAGGUACUAACUAAAAUGUAAGGGCUGAAGAAUACCAAAAUGUUUCAGAGUAGGAUUAGGUUCCAUUUUUGGCUGUUGAUUUUUUUUUAUUAAGCAGAGGUGUUACUGUCACUUUUUAAUUUUCUGCAAUACUCCAAAUUGCUAGUGAUAAGAAGUGACUUAAGGCAUAAUUACAGAAAAUUGUCAUGCUCACCUGGUCUACCUGUUUCAGCCUCUGUAAAGCAAUACAGUUAAAGUGAACAGAUUUCCUCAAUGGAUCCCAGACCAACCCAAACAGUGAGGAUGCUUAUGACCUCAUGUUUGGAUUCAUUCUCCCCAGUUCAAAUCCUUGUCGACGCUUGUAAAUAGCCAACUAACUGGUUGCCACCCGCCAGUUGGGGUUUUUAAUCCUGUUAUGUUCUAUUUGCAUUAUUUGUUUGCAGAAUUAUUUGAUUGGAGUGCCUGUAAACUAGCUGGUUAAGCUUAGUGCAUUUUCCAAACCUUAAUUCAUUUUAUUUUUUAUUUUAUCCACAAAAUCUGGAACAUUCAGGAAGCUGAAAAUAAAAUCCUUGAAUGUCUGCAUGGGUGUUUACUUUGUCUGUUGUGGUAUCUCAGCUCAUUACUUUCCUCAAUUUAUAGGCCUUAAAACUUCAACCACAAAAUGCCAAAGCUUUAUUCAGAAGAGGGCAGUCAUACUUCUACAUGAAGGACUUUGAAAAAGCUGAAAGAGACUUAAGAGCUGCCGAAAAGUUGGAGCCCAAAGGUUUGUUAUCAUUGACUAGAAUAGCCUGGGAAUAAUACAGCUGUCUCUCUUUGCUAAUCACCACUAGCGGGGUUUUUGUUAAGAUUUGAAGUAGCUGGGACAAAUGUAUCAAUAGCAGGGACUAACUUUGCAUGCAGUGCCAAGUCGGGGUAGAAUUUUAGAAUUUUUAAGGCCCCAGGGUGCAUUUUUGGCCAUUGUUUUAGCUCCUUUAAGUAAGGCAUUUGCUGCAUAAGAACAUAUAAAUACAAUAUUGUUGUUAUUGGGUUUCUGUUUUAACAACAGGGAAUAAAAUUUUUCAUAUCUAUAAGCACCGCCUGAUAAAAUGGCUGGGACGAGAAUUGAAAAAAAAAAAAAAACCUGCAAUAGGGACAUUUUGCAGGAGAGGUGUCUCCGAUUUGCCCCCCCCCCCAAAAUGAUACCGAUAAUUUAGAUCACAAAAGAAUAUUUCAUAAAUUUUAAGGUACUUACCUCUGAAGCUAGUCGAGCUUGUUUACUGUACAUGUUAUUGCAAAAGAACAAAAGUUUUUGUUCAUCCUUGCCCAGUUGUUUUUUCUACGUGUCUGUUCAGUUGUUGAUUCAUUUAUUCACUAAUGAUAAAAAAUGAUCACUCUUGACAAAAUGACAAACUUCAAUGCUAAUGCAGAAACUCUGAAAUGUUUGACAUUAUUGUGAAUCUAAGGACCAUUGGUGCUUCAUACGAAACAUAUUGUGAGAAAUUGUAUAAUUUACCGUCUGAAAGACCUUCUCUGCCAUAUAAUGAGACCUCCUGGUGAAUGGGCUUUAAAAUUUCUCAAUUACUUUUGCACCCUUUUUGAAGGACCAUGUUGGGAUUUCAAUUAUUCAUUAUCUUUUUAUUAUUAUUAAAAGUAUUGUUUCGGUUUCCUUGCUAGAUUCAAGUAUAAAGAAAAUGCUGGCUCUCCUUGAGGUAGAAUUGAAGAAGAUUAAAGAAAAGGAGAAAAAGAUUUAUGCAGGAAUGUUUGAUAGACAUUCCCAGAAAGAGUAA